GUUUUUCAAAUGUUCAUGUAAUCAUUUCAGGGUCUCAUUUGCUAUCAUUAAGUUGUAUUAUAUAUCGUAUAUUGGCAUUUUAUAGACCACCCUGCUUUCUAGAAAUGCAAAGUGACCUGACCUGAUAAACUUCUGACUGCCUCCAAACCUCUGUUGUGAUGGAGUCUACAAUUGAAGAUUCAAGGAGAGCGCGUUUCUGCUGGGUAGAUGAUAUUUGAGAAUGUCUAUAUCCUGGAUUUUCAUUUUGACCUUCCUCUAAAGUAUCAAAAUCAAAGAAAAAAAGUCUGCAGCUUGUAUUUUUUUCCCAAGAAAAUGGGAAAAGGGUUGUUUCCUUCUUUGCUUUUUCUUGUACAAGAGUGUUGUGUUUAUCUGUAAAACGUGCAUCUUCCCAGAGGGGUUUAGGGGGGUUGCACUUGAGAAUUAUUGACCUAUUUCCAACAUUUAAGUUCAACACUGCUUAUUCUAUCAUAUGGGCCACUGGUAUAUCAGGUCAGUCUUUAUUUUGGGAUAUCAGAAAUUGGCCAAAUAUCCCUGUUUGUAUUUCAUGUUCUGGAUAUGCUCGUCCACCCCCCAUCUCUCCCCUCCUCAACACACACAUGUAUUCAUAAGCAUAUCCUCCUCUCAAACAGAACACUGUUUUAGUGUGAGCUUCAUCCUUCCAGAGCAACAAAGCCUGUCUUGUUUGUCGUCUGAGCUCACGGCGUUCACUGUCUGCCAGCCAUGCCCAGUUAAAUCACAAUGACCCUGUCAGAGACGGGUAGCGUAAGUUUGAGUCUAGAUAGCAUCAUUUCCUAAACCUAAAUCGGUCCGUGUUAUUUCAACAACUGUUUUUAACAACAAAAUUACUGGUAAAAACUACAUUACCCAUGAUUCUGCAAAAAAAAAAAAAUUCCACCAAUGAGGGAACUGAAAUGAGCAAAUCACACCAAAGAACUCUUUAGCGCCCACUCACUCCCAUGAAGCACAGUGAAUGGUGUGAACACUCUUUGCUGCUUGUAUUCCCCCACAGCUCAUCCUUAUUCCCAGGAGGCUUUGCACACCGUCAUAGCAGGAAGCAAGAGUGGGAAAAAGAAAUGGAACAGGAAGUUGCCCUCUUAGCCAGCAGGUUUGACAAAAGGCAGUAGUACGGCCAACAAGUACCAUCUAGACCUUAAAACACUUCAAGAACGCAGAAGAACUCUGUAAGACCUUCAGAAGAAGAGGAAUACUAUCACAUACUUGGAGGAAAGUAAAGAACAGCACAAAGAUGAAGUUGAAGGAGGACAUGUCUCCUCUCCUGCUGCAGGUCUUUCGAUCAGUCGUCUGGGUUUAUUCCGUCAUCACGUUCCUGCCCUGGUACCUGCUCUCCGGAGCCAGCGAGAGGCAGGCCUGUGCUAAACGGGUCAAAGCGCGCUCUGUAAGCGGGAGUCCGGCAGGGUCAUACCGGGCCGUGAACAGCCAGCAGAAAUUGGUGUCCCUGCUGCAUGAGGGUGUGGAUACUUUGGAUAAAGUAUUUGAAUACGCUGUAGUACACUUCCCUCAACGAGACUGCCUGGGCACUAGAGAGCUGCUGAGCGAGGAGGAUGAGAUACAGCCUAACGGCAAGGUCUUUAAAAAGGUGAUUCUGGGCGAUUAUAACUGGUUGUCGUAUGAAGACACUUUCCAUCUGUCUCAGAGGUUUGGUAGCGGGUUGGCUGCACUGGGCCAGAAGCCUCUUUGUAACAUCGCCAUUUUCUGCGAGACUCGUGCAGAAUGGAUCAUAGCGGCGCAGGCUUGCUUCAUGUACAACUUCCCCUUGGUGACUCUAUACUCUACAUUGGGAGGAGCAGCUAUAGCUCAUGGGCUAAAUGAGACUGAGGUUACACACAUCAUCACGAGCAAAGACCUGCUGCAGAGCCGCCUCAAGGCCAUUCUGAUGGAUGUGCCCAGACUGAAGCACAUUAUAGUGGUUGAUAAGAAGCCCAAGAGUUUGCCUGAUCUCCCCAGAGGCAUCAUGGUUCACAACGUGGCUGCUGUGCAAGAACUGGGAGCCAAACCUGAAAAUAUAAUGGUGUCCCGCAGACAGCCUGUCCCGUCUGAUAUCGCAGUGAUCAUGUACACCAGCGGCUCUACAGGCAUUCCUAAAGGAGUCAUGAUCUCCCAUAGCAACAUCAUCGCUGGCAUCACUGGCAUGGCUGAACGCAUUCCUAACCUGAAGUGUAUAAUGAAUGCUGCUUAUAAUAUUAGCAAAAUGAUUAUCUAUAAGAAUGUGAUGACUAAAGUUGAAGAGAUGAGCAGUGUGCAGAAAACUCUCUUUGUUCUGGCAUACAACUACAAGAUGGAGCAGAUCUCCAAAGGAUACAGCACGCCACUCUGUGACAGGCUUGUGUUCAAGAAGGUUCGCUCGUUGCUGGGCGGUAGCAUGCGUGUACUGUUGUCUGGCGGAGCUCCUUUAUCUGCAGCUACUCAGCGUUUUAUGAAUAUCUGCUUCUGCUGUCCUGUGGGACAGGGUUACGGCCUGACAGAAACCUGCGGAGCCGGGACCAUCAGCGAUUUGGCUGAUUACAGCACUGGACGUGUUGGAGCUCCUCUGGUGUGUUCAGAGAUCAUGCUAAAGGACUGGGUGGAAGGUGGCUAUUUCAGCACAGAUAAACCAAACCCACGAGGAGAGAUUCUGAUUGGUGGUCCCAACGUCACCAUGGGUUACUAUAAAAAUGAGCAGAAGAACCGAGAGGAUUUCUUUGUGGAUGUGAACGGCCAGCGCUGGUUCUGCACCGGGGAUAUCGGAGAAUUUCACUCUGAUGGCUGCCUCAAGAUUAUCGAUCGUAAGAAGGACCUGGUGAAGUUACAGGCUGGUGAAUAUGUGUCUUUGGGCAAAGUGGAGGCUGUGCUCAAAAACUGCCCACUCAUUGACAACAUCUGCGCUUAUGCCAACAGUGAGGAGUCUUAUGUGAUUGGGUUUGUGGUGCCCAAUCAGAAACAGUUAACUGCCCUUGCAGAGCAGAAGGGCAUCAGAGGAUCAUGGGAAGAGAUCUGCAACCAUGCAGAGAUGGAGAAAGAGGUUCUAUGUAUCAUCACAGACGCGGCUAUAACAGGUAAACUGGAACGCUUUGAGAUCCCAAAGAAAAUCCGUCUGAGCGCCGAACCCUGGACGCCCGAGACAGGCCUGGUUACUGACGCCUUCAAACUCAAACGCAAGGAACUAAAAACGCACUAUCAGGACGAUAUCGAGAGGAUGUACGGCGGCAAGUGAAUGAAGCCAGGCGGUGUUAUGUGGUGGUGGGGAGGGAGGGGGUUUUAGGACACACCAUAUACCACAAUGCCUAUAUACGAAAAAAACCAUCCCACAAUUCUCUGCCUUCCUGCUCCAUGUGAUGCUCUGCAAUCAAAACAGGGACACACUUGAAUUUUCGUUCAGUUAUGGUUUGAUGAGAGGGAAAGGA